GCGUUUAUGCGGCACAGAUUUUCUUAAGCGAAGUUGUGUGCUGUAGCCUGGUGAUGCCUAGCAUGUUUUUACAUCAAUUUUAUAGCCUUAAAAAAUAGCAAACUCCUUCCAUUCUUACUCAGGCUAUCUUCAGCAUAUCCAUCGAAUUGAUGUUGGUGUUGAAUAUUGCACGUGACAACUUACAGCUUCAGCAUGCCGGACAUGAGCUGGUUCUCCCAUCAUCAAGUGCUCCGCUACAGGGACAUGCUAGUAUCAUUCAAUGCUCCCAAACCAGUCAAGCUUGAGAGGUGUAGUCCUAGAACUACAAUUGACAUUAAUCGGAACUUCUUUCAUACCUGGGGAGCAUCUCGCUUAAUGUGGCACCAAACAUCCAACUUUGGGACCGAAUCCAUCACGCCAAAAAGGGAAGCUCUAACUCUUACUAGGGCCACAAAGUCAGUCCGUUCUCCGAUAUUGAAUUUUAUAUAGCAAAGAAUAAUUUUGCUUCUUGUAAGAAUGCAUUAUUGCUACAUAUCUUACAUUCAGCGUCAGUUCUCAAAAAUUCUGCAAAAACCCUACAAGUCACACCCACAGCAGAUACACAAUCAUGUCCAUCUUUGAGCCCCCACUCUCGGCCUUCUUCAUCGAGGGAAGGGACAUCUCAGAGCUUCCAUCUGUUAUCAGAGAGCAGUGGGAGAAUUUAGGAUACGGUGUUAUACAAGCGUUUUACCAGCUGUGAGUCCGACGUCCCCUGGCUGAUAAUAUUUGCUGAUAUCCUGCAGUCAUAGAAACUCAAAUGGAGAAGUCGCUUUCCACAAAGACUUCCAAAAAAUUGUAAUUCAAAACGCAUCUGCCAUCCAAAAGUUAAGUUCAAAAUGUAAAUACACUUUGGAAACGCUGCAGCCGAAAUUACCAAACCAUAUCAAUGAAAUAAAACAGCAGCAAGUCAUGUUCUACAACAAGUGUAGGAGACUGAUGUCACCUUACAUCCAGGCGCAUGUCGAUGCGCGACAAGACUCCGUGGCGCUCUUACGCCAUUGCAUGUCGUUUUUCAAUAUGCAACUCCAACUUAGCAGCAGCGAUUUCGGGAAAGCAGACUCACCAACGUCGGGGAUUUCGAGAUUCACAAGUCUCCCACUAGAGCUGCAGCUCGAUGUCAUAGAUCAGAUGAGCCUCUACGAAGCAGACAAAGCUGUUCGACGGAAUUUUCCCCAUCUCAUCCCGCGCUGGAUUCCUACCAUACCAACUCGUUUUGAGAGAUGGCUCCAUGAUUUGACAUCCCUUGAGAACAUGCGCUUCUUGAGCUGCGAUAUUCUCUGGUGGCAGACGCACGACCGCGACAUACCCCAAUCAUAUUAUCGACUUCAGUCGCCAAAUUUCCACCCAGACGUCGAGAUUCACCCCCGCCUAUUCAAAAGCGAGCACCCCAGCAAGGAGACCCUAACCUACUCCGUGAAAUAUGCCAAGAAACACCUCAUACUAGGCCUCCUGGCGCUGUACGAUCUUUAUCGCAGUACGGAACAAGAGAGAAUGAAGAUUUCCAUGAACAACCGGAUUCCCACCUACGACUGUCUCUCCUGGGACGCAUGCGAGAAGUGCGGAGGACCGGACAUACCCGUCUACGCUCUCCCCCUCACCUCUAAUCCCUCUCAGCCUAGCGAAUCGAUCCCUAUGCCCCCACAAGUCAUCAUCUUCCGCGACGAGCUGCACGAGAUAUUCAGGACUUUUGAAGUAGCGACCAGACCACUGGUUUUCGAAACACGGAUACUGAGGGACGCAAUGGACCUGCCCCAGGUGUGGGCAGAACAUUUCCGUCCAUAUUUGAAAGAUUAUCUCUGGACAGCAGCGACGUCUCCUGAGGAGGUGGGCUAUAUGACUUCUUUGGACUUGCGGGAGCCGGGGCGGCUUAUCUGGGUGGAUUAUGAAAAUCGGAGGGCUGUUGAAAGGUUGAAUCGACCGGACAUAACUCAGCUUGGGCCCAUUUACCGUCUAUUUCGAGCAGCCAGAGAAAUUGCGAGCGUUGUCUUGGGGUUCAUUUUUCGAAUUUUGGAUUUGUAAAGUUACUAUGAACCGAGGGACUGAUUUUGGGUAUCUGGGCAAUUCAUCAGACUUGCUCGAACUCAUAAAACCACUGUCUCCGUAGGAGAUACUUGUACCGUCAGCUCGAAUGGAUUCUUAAGUUACUUCAGAUACAGAUUGCAACUUAAUAUAAAUAGAAAUAAAAGGAUUCUCUGUACCUUUCUGCAGCUUGCUGUGCCUU